AUGGUUAACCGCCAGUUCCUCGAAGCGGAUUACACAUUCUUGCAUGCCAGCCUAGUCGAAGACCCCGAGACGAUCCUAUGUCUAGAUGAGAUAUGGGGUCAGGACAGCCAAGAGUGGCGCGAGGUCAAGGUCUACGACACGAUGUUUCUCCUCGUCACUCGGCUCACGACCCGGAUGCUCGUAGGCGUGCCCCUGUGCCGCAAUCUCGCUUUCAUGAGAGCUUGCGGGGAAUUCCUUCGCAACGUUGUCUUGAUCGCGGCGGCCAUAAGUCUCUUCGCGGCCUUUCUCAAGCCCCGCUUCAUCAUGCCGCUGAUCCGCGAGCGGCUUGCUGAGCAGUCAGCCAUGCCCCGCCGUCCAACCCUGAACGCCGCGAACGACUUCGUGCAGUGGGCCAUCGACCACGCCCGCGCCAAGCCGCACGCGGCCGACCGCUUCUUCGCCGCGAACCAGCUCAAGAUCGCGCUCGCGCACAUCGCGCUGCUUUGCGAGAUCGAGCCGAUCCCUGCGCGCCCUGCCAACAGGCGGUUCUUCGGCCACAUCGGCCCGCCCACGUCUGCGACGCUGCGCGUGCGGCGGAGGAGGCCCCCAGGCGCGCAGGCCUGA